AUGGACUGGAAUAACCACACUGAACAUACCGAUAGCCACUACAGUCCCGAUGCGGCGGAUACGGAGUUCCGCUGCGGUCUCUGCAACAAGGCAUACAGUCGCCGAGAUCUCCGAGACCGGCAUCGGCGUCGGUGUGCCAAAACUUUCGGCAAGCAACGCGCAUCUAAGCGCAAGUCUUGUGAAACUUGCGCCCAAAAGAAGUUGCGCUGUUCAUUGACUCGUCCAGCCUGUAGUCGAUGUGUUCAGAUGGGCACCGCUUGUCACUAUCCUAACAGGUCCUCGGCGUCUCUAAUCCAGAGAGAUCAAGAUACAGGCCCGGAGAAUGUGUCGUAUCUGGAACCAACUCUAGGACCGACAUCCACGGGUUUAACCCCCGAUGUCCCUGUUUCAGCCAUGAUUUUGCCCGAGGAUGCCAGUAAUAGCGCUCCCAUUAUCGAUGACUUCGCCUGGAGCCCAACACUCAAUAAUAUCAAUUUUACCGUUGAUGAAACUGGCUUUUAUGAUCAGGCCACAUGGCCUGACCCGGCAUCAGACUUCGUGGAUCAUCUAUACAGCCCAACGUCCUUCUUUCUUACACCGCAGGAAAGGUUCAAGGCACCCAAUUCUCUAUUACUUCCGGGAGAUCUGAUAGGCGUCUCCCUACCACCCCUAUCCUCCCCGGCGGGUAGUGGCUACCGAGAGCCGUCCGACUCCGACUUCUCCUAG